AUGAAUUUUCAGGCCUUUAUUUUAUGUGGUAAAGGUUCUAAACUUUCUCCGUUCUCCGAUACUCGCGGAGACAGGGGGGUUCCAAAGGCAUUGCUACCAGUUGCCAAUCGGCCAAUGAUUGAAUAUGUUUUAGAUUGGUGCGAUCAAGCUCAAUUUAAGGAAAUUAAUAUUGUCGCUAAUUUGGAAGAUAUUGAAAUUAUCCGGGAGGGCAUUCAAGGUGUUCUGCAACUUCGUGAACAAUGUUUUGAGUUACUGAGUAACAGUGUAAGUAAUUCCCAUACUCAUUACCUAAGAAAACCUGCCAAUGUGAACUUUAUCGGUAGCAGAUGUGAUGUUACUGGUGAAAUAUUGCAGAAGGAGCUUUUAAAAACAAUUACUGGUGAUUUUGUAUUACUUCCCUGUGAUUUUGUGACGAAUAUUCCCCCACAGAUUUUAAUCGAUCAAUACUUGAAUAGAGACCACAAUAGUUUGGCUAUGUCAGUUUACUAUAAGAAUGUCUUUGAGAAUAUUGAUAAGAAGCAGAUAAAGAAGUUUUUUACAAUAUAUACUGACAAUGAGGACAAUAUUAACCAGCCUGUACUGUUGGACAUCUAUUCCAGUGACGAUGUCGAAAAGACGAAAUAUCUUAAGAUCAGAUCCCAGAUGCUUUGGAGGUUUCCAAACUCUACUGUGUCUAUUAAACUCCUCAACUCGUACAUUUACUUCUGUUCUCAUGAACUAAAGUCCCUUUUGUUAGAGGAUGCAGUUGCAGGCUCUGUAGAUGGUGACACUAACGAUACUGAAGAGGAAAACACUAAGAAUAAUUCUACGUUAAUUAGACCAUCUUAUUUCAAGAAGAAGAACAAGCUGAUUAAGGACCCAAUUAAUUGUCGGAAAUCUUUGGCCAAAAUCUUUAGGGAUCUGGCUAGACGUUCUUGGCAGCAUUCUAAAACAAGAGAAACUAUUAGCAUUUUUAUUUUACCUGACGUUGGAAGCUUCAUUAGAUCCAACAACUUGAGUGCUUACAUGGAAGCUAACAGAUGUAUUUUAAAGAUCAAAUCUACGUCUACUAAUCAAACAGCAGCUACUACAGCAAGUUCUUCUGCAAUCGGUGCUGAUUCAGUUGUUGGUUCAAAUUGUGUGAUCCUGGAGAAAACGAACGUCAAGCGUUCAGUACUAGGAAAUAAUUGUAAAAUUGGAAACCGAUGUCGUAUAGUUGGCUCCAUACUUUUUGAUGGAGUUGAAAUAGAAGACGAUGUAACUCUGGAAAAUGUAAUCCUUGGGAAAUUCAGUAAAAUUGGUAAGAAGUCGAAGAUGACCAAUUGUUAUGUUGAGGGUUACUACUCUGUUCAGCCAAAAUCGCUUCUAAAGGGUGAAACAUUGGCGAAUAUAUAUCUCGAGGAUGAAGGUGGUUUUGAUGAUGACAUGUCGACAACUGAUGAGUCUAAUGGAGGCACCACUGAUUACAGCGAGGAAUACUAUGAUGAAGAGGAAUAUGAAGAUGAUGGAUUAUUUGAGCGCUAA